AUACCCUAGCCGCCAGUCUUCUCGUCUCUCUCAUCGGCGGCGGUGGUAUCCCCUCACCUCUUCUCCCCGCAAGAGUCGCAAGACCCGGUGUGUCGGCGUGCCAGCGCCUCCACCCGUCUGACGGUAGCCGGCGGCGGAGCAGCAGUGCCUUCUCCUUCAACGGGCAACAAGGCCGCUCCUUCGGCACCGCGAGCUAUCUCCUCCCUUCGCUCGCCCAGCGCCGCCGCCCUCCACGUGGUCGGCCCGUGCGCCCCCUUCCACCCUCCCCUGCCCAGCUGCAGCUCGACUCCGGCUGGUGCGGCAGCAUCCUCCCUUCCCACGACUACUCCGUUCUUUCUCUCGGCCUCGGUCUUCCUUUCCUCGCGGCGACGACAGGGCGAGUUGCGCUGCCCGUUGUUCGUCGAGCGACAGGCGCUUCGCCGGCGACGAGCAUCCGACAGGGUAUAUGACCAUGUCCUAUACUGGGUCCGCUCCUGUGAACCAGCACAAGGAGGAGGAUGCCUUGAGAGGUCGCGCGGUCAAAAACCAGAAGGCAAUAUGGGACAAGACCCUGGAGAUGAGAUUCCUGCUGCAGAAGGCGUUUUCCACUUCUAACAAGCUGCCCCAGGAACCCAUCAAAACAAGGUUUUGCAACCAUGAUAAGCAGAUAGAGCAAGCCUAUGAGGACUUGCUGAAUUCAUCAAAGCAGACUCUGGCAAGCAUGACAGAACUGCAGGAGGCUUUGAUGGAGAGUAACCAGGCUGUAAAGGAUGCUGAUGAAAUUCCUUCUGCCUCCAAUGGAGAGAAUGACGAGUGGUCAGAAGUACAGAGAUUGCAGACAAGGAUAACAACAUUUAGAAAUACAGAGAUCGAUAAAUGGCAGAGGAAAAUACAGGUGACGACGGGUGCUGCUGCACUGAAAGGAAAGCUACAUGCAUUUAAUCAGAACAUAAGUGACCAAGUUGCUGGUUACAUGAGAGAUCCAAGCCGAAUGAUUAACAGGAUGUACUUGACCAAAUCUGCUGUUGGUGUAUUUGGAGAGGAUGCGGGAGAACCUGGAGCAGCUGAGGAGGGGCGCAUUGUGGAAGGUGAUCCUGAACUUAUUGAUGAUUCUGAGUUUUAUCAACAACUUCUCAAGGAGUUUCUCGAGUCAUGUGAUAGAGGAUCAUCAGACUCAGCAUUUUACGCUCUGCAAAAGCAGCAGGUGAAAAAGAGAAAGCUUGUUGAUCGCCGCGCUUCAAAGAGCAGAAAGAUAAGGUAUCAUGUUCACGAAAAGAUCGCUAAUUUCAUGGCCCCGGUACCCAUGGCUGUUCCUCCAAUGGCUCCGAAGUUGUUUGAGAAUUUGUUUGGCACGAGCAACUAGAAAUCCACCAAAGCAUGAAUUCAAAUUUCACAUAACAUGUAGUGAUUUUUGUAAUUUAAAAUUGUAGCAUACUAGCAUGUAUGAUGUUGCUGUAGACUUGAAACUGUGAAUCGAACAUUUUCAUGAUCUGAUCAGUUUUGUGCAUCGACAAGCAAAUGUAAGGCGCAAUCUUAUCGCAAAUUUUUGCUAGUAUAAUUUUCC